AGCAGCAGCAGCAGCAUUGCGAGCAUCACCAGUGGACGGGAUACACGCGCUGCAAGCAGAGUGAGGCGACGAGGAAAUGAUGGAAUACACGCUGAUGAGGAAGCAGCAGCAACAAGAACAACAACAACGGGGAAACAUGGAAUAAAAAGAGCAUUUAUAGCGUCUCCUUUGCUCUUCACUUCUGUUUGGAGCAUCCCACAAGCAGAUCACCAGUGAAAACACAUACAUAUGAUAUAUAUAUAAAAUUCCUAUACAUAUAUAUCAAAUUAUGCCUGUUUUCAAAGAAGCUGCAGCCGGACAAAGGACUUAAUUGACAGCAAAAUGCAUGAAAAAUUGGGGAAUAAUGUGCAACAUUUGUUUAAAAACUGUUGCAUAUUAAUGCUUUAAGCUUUUUUGUAAUUCAUUCUUUUUUUUUGUUCUCAGUGGGGGAAAAAGACAAAUUUAAAAUAUAUAUAUAUAUAUAUACAUUGAUGCUAACGGAAAAAUUGAAAGACCUGCCAACUGAAUAGUUGAACCAGCAAGAGCGAAGCUCUUCUGCUGCACGCAGCUCUAUAUUUCCAAAAGGGGGCUUCUUUUGAAAACAGGAUAUUUUUUGAUCUGCCCUCGGUGCCACUCUGCUGUUUGGCUGUCGCAUCUCCACUUGUCUUUGUCAUCCAGCUGGGCUGCGGGAAUAUUUAUUCCAGCAAGGCUCGUGCAAGUGCGCUGGCUGAAAGUGCAAAGGGCAGUCCACGGGCUCUCUGACCUCACAGUGAUAUUUCCUCAGCAACAACAAACAGCCCUACUUAGAGGCUGUGGGGAAACAGUAAGGUAAGUUGUGGAAGAGACAGAAAGAGGGAAAAUUAUAAAAUAGAGAAGAUAGAGAGAGAUCAGAGCGUAAAGAAAGAAAAGAAAAGACUGAGCCAAACAAAGGAGCAGACACAGCCAUUAAAGAACAAGCCACUCCACUCCUGGUCAAGUAUUUCCGACAGGUUUAUCUUUCUCACGGCUUCUCCAGAGUCUCGGCUGCAGCAGCACCAAGACAUUAAGAUCACAACAUCAGCCCUCCCCUUUCUCCCCCCCGCCCCCACCCCCCUUUUCUCUCUCAUCUCUCCUCGCCUAAGCACUUGAAGGGCAGGACUGAGCGGGCUGAUAGACAGAGUACCCAGCUGGUGUCCUGGGUCUGUUAGAGACCCUGGCAUCCACGGAGAGGAGGGGUUUCAGUGGAGCACACACAGAGCAGCAGCAACAGGAGCCCGGUGCCCGCAGAGCACGAAAAACCACUGGACUCUUGUGGGUCGCUUAAAAGAGACUGACACUGACAGUGUGCUAUCACCAGGGGGAUUGGAGCUGUAUGUGUUCAAAAAGUGAAUGUGAGAUUACGUGUACACGCCUCAGGUGCAAGAGGGACGCUUUUGGACUGUAAUCACCACAGGAUUUUAGCUUGACGAGAGCCUGGAGUAAUUUCCCCCAAAAAACAGAACAGCUGUUGUUACCUGUUGGCUCUGACUGGAAAUAGAAAGGAACUAUCCAAUACUGUCUUUAGUCAUAAAAGCUGAAUAUUUAACAUUACAAAAACUUCAGUGGAUGAAAGACUGGAGCUGCGCUUCUAGGAGAGGAAGUAAACACCCACCAAAGUGGACUCAGGUGACAGCAAAAAGAUGCCCACUACAAAAAUAAAAAAGCUUUCUGUGAGCGCCGACAGUGAGAGUAAGAGGAUGAUGGAUGCAAGUUAAAUCUCAAGAGGGAGUAGUGGGUGACGAAGACAACUUAAGUGAAAAACUAUUGAUCAGAGUUUUUUUUAUUCCCUUUUCUUUCUUUUUAAUGAUAUCGAAACUGAUUUGGCUCCAUUGCUGAGCAUUAGAGUUUUUUCCCCACACCGGAAUAUGAGUCCAUCUUUGGAGUGAAAAGUUUUCCACGUGGGAACCCAUGACUCCCUGCAGGUUUCAGAGAUAUCUGCCUUUCCAGCUAGCGCCAUCAGGACCCCAGACUUCUCACUUUUUGCGGAUUAUUCGUUCACUCUGCGGGGGGGCUUACUGUCAGAAAUGCCAGAGGCGAGUUCAUUCGUAGGUAACGCGGCCUCUUAAACUGGAUUCCCUCCAAGCCACCAGCUUUGGAUUUGUCUACAACCGCCUCUGCUGUCUGCCGAUGACAUAUGGCUUUGUAAAAGGUGCUUUCAGUUGGAACUGUCAUUAACUCUUACACAUCAGGACUAACAUCACAAGAUACUGGAGUAAGACCAAGAUGGCUGCCAUCAUUCAUCCACUCUUGGUGAACUUAUCUUUAUCCGUCCUCCUGGGUUUGAUCUCUCUGGGUGGUCUGAACUUUCAGCCGUCGGGUCAGGCUUUGGCGCAGUUCUCUUCCAACAACCAGACAACAGAACCAUCUACGUCACCAGAAGCAGCGCUAAUAACCCCGACACCAGACACAGAGGAGCAAGCAGGUCCGACUGGGGAUAACCGCUGUUGGGGUUACUAUGAUGUGAUGGGCCAGUGGGACCCACCGUUUAACUGUAACGCAGGUAUCUACCUGUUCUGUUGCGGUUCCUGCUUCUACCGCUUCUGCUGCCAGUUCAAAAUCCACAGUUUGGAUCAGACAUCCUGUUCAAAUUAUGACACACCUGUGUGGGCAAACACGGGACGACCGGCGGCACCUGUUACAGAAGCCCAGGAGGAACCGGACCGGGAUCGGACCCACAUGAUUGUGUAUAUUAUCUGUGGAGUGGUGGCCAUAAUGGUGCUGGUGGGGAUUUUCACCAAACUUGGGCUGGAGAAGAGUCAAGGAGGGCAGACCGACAUGACCAACUCUAGGACUUUGACAGAGCUUCUGAAGCAACCCGGGGAGGGCGGAGCAGUGGAUGGUACUGGUGUUCAUCAUCCUAUAGGCACAAACGGCAUCUCUGCCAGAGCACUGCGCUCCAACAACGAUCACAACCAUUUAAACAAUGCAGCUUUAUCUCCUCUGGGUCCAGCCAUGGCUUUGUCUCACCCUCACAACAACCUGGGAAUUGGCUUCAACAAAUAUGCUUCACUCAAGGCUGUGGACACAACUCCAAGAGACUACUACAAGAGCUACCCAAUGGUAGACUACACCCACCGCCAGUCUCCUCCCACCUUCCAGCCUAUCAACUUCCACCCCAAGGACAAGCCCUUCCUCCCACCACCAGAUGUCCAUGCACCUUUAGCCAUUACCAUCAACGCCUCCCAGAUCCCCAAACCUAAGAUCUCCAAGACCAACACUCACCCACUCACCUCCAGCUCAGCCUUCAAAGCUUGGGACCCAAGUAAGAGCCACAUUCAGCACCCGGCAGCCUCCCACAUGGGCCUUGGUGGGCAACAGCAUCACCCUAUCCAACAGCAGCAGCACCAGACACUACACCAACAGAACAGCAGGCGCCAGGCCUACUCCAACAAGAGGCAGUUCAGCAUUGAAACGCUGCCCGAGCUCUUCUCACAGCCGUUGGGUUACGGCCAUUCGCCUCAUAUGCACCCCAAGCACAAGGGACUGGCCACUAACAGCAAAACAGAGGUCACUGUGUGAACAUGGGGCAGGAUUGAUGAACAGACAGAAGACAAAAACGGAGCAGUUGAGGGGAAAUGUUCUAAUAUCUUUUAUAUCCUCAGUUAUAAUGGUGUGCUGGAGCAAGCAAAUAUCGUAUCUGGAAUUUUUUUAACUCUGCAUUUUCCUUGUCAUUGUUACCAAGAAUAACAAUAAUGUGAGUGAUAUUUGUGUACUUUUACGACCACUAGAGCAAAACAGAUAAGUUGCAGAUAAGCUGUGAAGGUGGUGGAUUAGUGGAUUAUUUGCUUUGACUCUUUGAACCCAGCAGCGCCUCUAAAUAAUUGAGUGGCAGUUGGCACAGCUCUCUCCUCCGUCUCCUCUCAAGCCCCUUGUACCUCGGUGACAUUUUGCUCAGGUGCCGAGUGCCCUUCCACUAUGUACAAAUGUUCAAAUUCAACUCAUACACGCUUUACCCCUCAAACUAGCCCAGACUCUGACACUGUCAGGAGAGUGUCCCCCAAGACUCUAGCUUCCCAUCAGUAGACACAAUGCCAUUGUGUUGUCAGCACUCAUUGCCCUCCAGCCCUCCAAAGAAUGAGAUAUCAGCCUCGCAAUUCAUACUAGAGUGGAGGGCAGGAUAGUGUGGGAGGGAUUCAUCUCAUUCCAGGCGCAAGUGAGAUGAGAAAGAUAAGAAAAAAUGAGGCAUGCAUACACAUGCACAUACUACACACUUGUCAAAAAUUAUAGAAGGUUCCCAGCAGUGUCAAGAGACCACAGAAAACCCCACCUCCAUCCGAAAAACUGGGCAAAUGAACAAGCCGGCCCUUUAGUUAUUUGUGGCAGCAUGUUGAACAGCAAAUUUCAGUCACAGUCUCUUGUGACGUAGUGGAUAUUUUUACCUCUACAUGAAGCCGAGGAUGUGUUACAAUACCUAGAAAAAGGGCAAAGGGAUCAUCCAGAAAUGUCAUUGCAAAGUCAGUGAAUUCUUUCCAUUUCACAAAUGCAUCACAGAAAAGUCAGCUAAUCCUGCACAUUAGUACAGACAUGGAUUUUCUCUGACCCCAGAAAUCCGCUUUGUUAUUUUUGGUGCCAUACAUUUGCAAAGAUACAUUUUCAUAAUUAGACACUAAUGAUUAACAUAACUCUGGAUGUAGGAAGAGAGUGAUGUGAUGCAUUCAGGAACCUUUUUCCCUGCUGUUUGAUGCAUGGAGAUAUUUAUGCAAAACUAACAUAAUCUGAAAGGCUGAAACCAAUUGUACAUGGUACACUGCAGUUUACUUCACUUCCUCUUAACGAAGUGCUCAAACACUAUAAGUUAAUAACUGCUUCCACGUGCAUACACAGCAGCGUAAAUCAUUGGAUUUCUGGGAGAUAACGCUUCAAACUGUUGAAUACUGACAUAAAAAACUGGCCAGGUCUCGAUUUAUACCAAGGGCUAAAAGUAAAAGUAGAAAUUAAUGCCCACUGAUAAUCAUAUGUGGUAACGUAAACAACCCAUCGAUGCUCAUUCUACAUUUUAAUAAAUAAAUUAUAUCUUUUCAACUUAGAAAAAAUCCCUUUUUGUUUCAAUUUGGUUUGCUGUCUCUCUAUGUUUGGUGAACACAGGAGUUCUGCACCAGCUAAUUGUUAAUUUGUCUUAUUUAUAGGUUGUGUCUUCUUAGCUAGCUUGCUAGCCACGAAUAAUAGCAUUUAAAAAAAAAUAAUACAUUAAACAAAACAAAUGUUAUUUAUCAGCUUUAUCAUGAGUGUAGUUAGCCAUCAACUCUUAUUUUCACUUUUAGUUAAUCUUAGAAAAACCUUUAUGAAGAUUUUCACCAAAUUCUUGCAACAAUGUCAGCUAGCAUAAAUUUGGCAUGACCCUUACAGGCACAAUAGCUAAACACAAGGAAAUAAUGGAAAUUUGCCAAUGUUAAAAGUUCCAACCAUAUAAGACACCUUUUGUACCUUUACCUAAUUUCUAUUCCAGAGGAGUAACUAGAAAUACUGUUUGUUAAAGUAGAAUUUCUUGAGUAGUUUGCCAAAUAGCAGUUUUUUGAUAGCUUAAGUAUAAAAAAAAAUGCAAUAAUGCUUUCAGCCUUCAGAAUCCCUUACUGUCGCACCACUUAUUUCCAAUUCCUCCUCCUCAAUAUAGACCAAUCCAACAGCCAGUCUGACUCACUGAUUGAAUUCACCUUCAUUUGUUAUCACUGGGACACCAGCUAUUCCGCAGUGCAUAUGCCUGGCUCAUGCUACACCGCAUCCGGCAGGUGGUGGAACCUCAUCAAACAGCACUGCUUAACAGAGUCGCACAUUAUUUGGCACUUUUUCUCUCUUUCCCUCCCUUUCUGUCUCUCCAUCUAUCUCUCUUCUUUCACUCUGUAUCUCACUUGCUUUCUCUUACUUGUAGUGUCCUAGCAGACUUUCUUCUACUGCCCGACCUCCCUUUGUGCAUCCAUAUCCAGGAAGGGUUGAGCAGUGGGUACGAAGCACUCUCCCUGAUGUUUGAAACCCACUGCUCCAAGCUGUUGUAAACCGUGAUAGCCUCACUGGGUCUUCAUAGUGAGUUUGAGCAUGUACAAGGAGAAAACUAUAAUUAAUGACAGAGCCAGUCAAAGCAUGGCAGGCUCCAGAUUCAUUCUCACUACACCACACUGCACAAGCACUCACACAAAAACGAUUACAUUCAUACGCACAUGCACAAGCUAGCAACCACAAACGCAAGCUGUGGCAUCAAUGACCAAAUGCUUUGCAAUAUAUUAUUCAUAUCUGGAGAUUUGCUGAUGCCAAGCUUAAAGAAGUAAAGUGGAUUUUAUGUAAGACAGAUUUAAAUUUUUGAGAAGAUUUUGUUUGUUUGUUUUACUUGCCAGCAGAAAUGUCAGUCAGCCAAAUUCCCCAAUUUGCAUCUCAAUUUUAUUGGAGCUGUGAAUGUACACAAGCAAAUAAAAUGAGCAGCAGGGUAAAACUUUAACGAGCGAGAAUCAAGUAGCAGUAUAAUGCUCGCUUGUAAUGCUGCAAUGGCUUCUCCACUUUACCUCUCCAAGAUGUGAAAAACCUGUUAGGCAAGCUGUUGGAGUGGUGCUAGGGGAUGCUGGCAUGCUUUUGUAAUAGGGGAUCAGCAGAGAAUGGGGAUCAUGAAUACAAAAGCAUCAAUGGGAUAUGCAUGCUGUGAAUAUGCAUCAAACACAUCUGUGCUUAUGCUUUCGCCAGUGCUGCACAGUAUUCAGUGCACCACAGUGCCGCAGCUUCUCUUGCGUGGCUUCACCAUCUCGUUGACUUUUAUUUUCUCGAGGUGCCACAUUUUUUAGUGGGUCACUUCAUAUGAAAAGCUUUCUGGCCUCUAAAAUCCCUACCAAACCGUUCUGUGGGCUCUCUCCCUAAUCAGUCGGAAUGCAUAAGAGGUUGAGAACAAAUAAGGAAUGACAGCGAGUAAACAAGCAAUAUGCAUCAGUGAAGCAAUAAGCGCUAAACCUCCUUCGCCCUAUCCUUAUCUCUCUCUUUCUGUUUGCCUAUUUGGAGCCCUCCUCAGAGUUUAAGGAUGGGUGCUAAUAAGGGCACGAGUGUCAAAAAGGACGCAGAGCUGAGUGAAAGAAUGAGCUGUGCAGAGGGCUUGAGACAAAAAAUGAAGGCAAUGAGAUGAGAAAAGAGAAAUGUGGCUGUACGGACACAGCCGAUAUCGCGACGGUUGUUUUUCAUUCUGACUUGUCUGGGUGGUCUAAAAACAUUCAUUCUGGGUCUUAUCUCUGUGCAUUCAAGCAACCAGCUAUCAAAAACGCUUUGUGACUGUAGCUGGGAGUUGAAGAUGGUGUUUACUCUGAUUUGCACAACAACAAAAUCAGGAACUGGACCUUGUACUCACUGGCUGACCUCAGAGGGCGUGAAGCUUGUGCUACCCAACAACACGGAGGUUGAACAGAAUGCCAACACAGGCUCCAGGAUUUGCAAUUAAGGAACAGAGUUAGUCCUUCAGGACAAGCAAAGCCUGAGGACAGGCUACCAGCAAAGUGAAAGAGACUGGCAACUUGAAAGCUUUGCUUGGAUUUUGUUAGCUGUCAUGUCUCGCGGAGAUUGGCUGACAGCGAGCGCUGUGAACGGCUGCUUCUUGAAUUGUUCAUUUUGUGAGAUCCGCAUCACAGCUGCAAUCUUGCUGAUGUACUGGAAAACAAUGGCACCUUUCAGUGUUAAUUUCCUGAUGGACAGCAAGCAGUGAAGGAUGGGUUUUUACAUCAAUGCUGGAUGGACCUUAAUGACUCCCUUCAAGCAAAUGACUUAACUAGACUGAAAGAUCCUCUGAUGAGCUACAAUUUUGCCUCUGUUGUGGACAACAGAAACAUACAUCUACCAACAUCCACACACACCUGAAACAAGACACAAGAGCCACAGAGGUAUAACGCUACUUAUAUCCUAAACACAAAGUCUCCAACUUUGUGAUAUGAAGCAGGACCAAAAGCCUUGAAUCAGGAGAAACUGAGUACACCUAACUGAUGCUUGAACAUCCAAAACGGUGAGAAUGCUGGGACUGCUUUGGAUCAUCAGCUUAGAGUGAAUAUACUCAAUCUCUCCUGAUUACGACAGACUGUGGCAUUGCUCGCUCAAGUCAGAGCUAACUGACUGUUGGUUGUAAAACUUCCUCUCUAUAAAAGAAUCAUCAAGUAUUCUACGGCAGGUUAUCUGAAUGCAACCUGGUAGACAUACUUGGGCUCCAAGAUCCCGAGCAAUAUAUAGAUUAUGUUGUAUGGUUCGAUUGUUUCUUUGUUUUCUGUCCGUUUUUGUACGGUGUUUUUCAAUAAUUGACCAACGGAAAAAUUUUGAAGUGCUUCCAGAUUUCAUGGCCGCACCCCUUUGCCCCUGCCCCUCGCAAUCACCUAGCACAUGCCAUACAAUGUAACGUCAAGCAGAUGAAUUACAUUAUAUGCCAUGUGUUUGAAGCUUGUACGGUAUACAUGCACUCAUAUAUUUAAUGUUAAAUGAUAUUGCAUUGUAUCCAAGUGCUUUGCCAACGCAUUCGCUGAAAGUGAAAGGAAGACUCGGCAGUUUCUUGUACAGCUUUUGCAUCUGCCAAAAAAAAAAAAAGAAGAAAAAGACAAAAAAAAAAGUAAUGCGUCGUCUCAUAAUAAUUUGUAAUAGGCAGCAAUAGGCUGCCUUGGAUUGCUAUGUAAUACUUGUGUUUAUAUGUAUCCUAUACCAUUUGUCUGCUGUGAAAUUCGUUGACUACUCAGCUUACAUAAGGGCUUUUUAUAGAUAUAUAAAAGCAGACUGGGCAAUCUGACGUCACUCUCUGUAACUCAAGACAAAUUUCUCCAGAUUUUUUUGUUUUUAUGUUUGUUUUUUUAGGGAUGAAGGGAUAUGAACAGAAUUUUCACGCAUACAAAAUGCUAUAUAAUAAAGUUUUGACUGCCAAACUACAAUGUCUAUAGGCACUCAUACUGCAUUGGCCCAUGUGUCUUGUUUGAAUAAAUCUUUCAAGAAAUAUAGCAUUUGUUAAUCGUA